AUGGCCGAGGAACAGAAGCCCGUCGCGGUCCCCGCCGAGGAGACUCCUGCGACCACCACCACCACUGAGACUGCUGCCGCUGCCACCGAUGCCGCCGCACCCGUCGAGGCUGCCAAGGAGGAGACUGCCCCUGCUGCCACCGAGGCAACAAAGGAGCCUGCCACCGAGACCCCUGCUGCUGAGGCCGAUGCCACCGCUGCUGCACCAGCUGCUGAGGAGGCGAAGAAGGAGGCCGAGCCCGUCGAGGACGGACAACUCGAGCACAAGGGCAGCAACUUCCCCAAGAACUUCAUCUACUCCAAGAAGUUCUUCUGGUUCGGCUCCGAGGCCGUUGACCCCAAGAAGGUGCCUGCGCUGCUGAAGGACCACCACCUUGCCGCAUGGGCCAGCGAGACCGGAAAGGGUCUGCUGUUCUUCAACGAGAAGGGCCAGGACAAGGCCGCGCCCACCAGCGCCAUCGCACUGCACGAUGCUGUCGAGCCCACCGCCGAGGGCCCCAACAAGUUCGUCUUGUCCUCCAAGGGACACAAGCACACCUUCAAGGCUGGCAGCGCCGCCGAGCGCGACAACUGGGUCAGCCAGAUCAAGCUGAGGAUCGCCGAGGCCAAGGAGCUCGCCCAGACCGUCACCGAGUCUGAGCAGUACAAGGCCACCCUCGCUUCUUUCUCCCCCGCCGUCAAGAAGGAGGAGAAGAAGGAGGAGAAGGCCGAGGACAAGAAGGCCGAGACCGAAGCCCCCAAGGCCGCUGAGGAGACUCCCGCUGCUGAGGGCGCCGCCGCCCCUGAGGCUGCCGCCGCCACCACUGAGGCCGCCGAGGGCGAGACCAAGGAGGAGGCCAAGGAGGAGGGCGCUGACACCAAGAAGGACGAGCGCAAGCGCUCUGCCAGCAGGAAGCGCGCCUCUAUCUUCGGUGCUCUCCUUGGCGGUAACAAGAAGGGUGACUCUUCCGCUGCCAAGGACGUGAAGGCCGAGGACAAGAAGGAGGAGACUGUCGCUGAGGUCCCUGCUGACGCCGCCGCCACCGAGACCCCCGCUGCCGCCGCCACCGAGACCCCGGAGACUGCGACCGAGGCCACCAAGGAGCCUGAGACCGCCGCCGCCACCGAGACUGCCGCCGCCAGUGAGGAGUCCAAGGGCAAGGCCGCUGAGAAGCCCACGCCUACCAAGCGAACCAGCCUCUUCGGUGGCCUGUCGUUCGGCAAGAAGAAGCCUGAGGAGGCUGCCCCUGCCACCCCGGCCAAGGACACUCCUCCCGUCUCCGAGGACGCCCCUGUCAUCCCCAAGCCCGACACUGUCGAGCCCCUGAGCACCGAGGUUUCCAGCCCGGCUAACGUGCCCGCUGAGACCACUGAGGCUGCCCCUGCCGUUAACGGCGAGAAGAAGGACAUCAAGACCGACAAGCGCAAGUCGUCUUUCCCCUUCGCCUUCGGCAAGAAGACCGAGUCCAACCCCACCGGCCCCGCCGCUGUUGAGGAGGGUGCCGCUUCUCCUGACGCCGAGAAGGCCAAGAGCCCCAACCCCUUCUCCAAGUUCCGCGCUACCAUCAAGAACAAGGGCAAGGCUGCUGAGAAGCCCGCCGACAAGGCCGAGGACAAGCCCGCUGAGGGUGCCGCCGAGGAGGCUGCGAAGCCUUCCGAGGAGGUCAAGGCUGCUGAGGAGACCAAGCCCGAGACCGUCCCCGAGGAGACCAACGAGCCUGCCAAGGACGCCCCCGUCUCCAGCACUCCGGUCGUCACAGCUUCCGCCUAA